AAAGAAAGAGUAAUCGGGUCGGCUCGACUUCUCCAUUUCUCGGUCUGCACAGCCUCCACCGCGCAAUGCUUCCAAGUUCCCGCUCCGAGCGGUGACUGAACAUAAUCAUUUCAUUUCGUACCUUUUUUUUUUUCGAUCAGAUUAGUUGAAGCGGGUGAAUCGAGAUCCGCAAUGGAAUUCCGAGGAUGCGGAAAAUUGUUGCUGAUCCACUGAGCUUGAAGAACUUUCAGGUAUAGAGAGCCAUUAAGGAUGCCUCGAGGAUUCUCUUUUUUGUAUCAACCGCGAUGCCUCCUUCUCUUGAUCAUCUUCCUUAUCUUCCUUGUUUUCACGCUGUUUACCCCCAAGCAGAGGGAAGAGAAACUAGAAGAGGAGCCGGAAAUCACCCACAGGGUUUACUUGGAUAUUGAUAUUGAUGAACAGAGAUUAGGUAGAAUCGUGAUUGGAUUAUAUGGCCAAGUUGUGCCUAAAACUGUAGAAAAUUUUAGGGCUCUAUGCACAGGGGAGAAAGGUAAAACUACAAGUGGAAAAGCACUCCAUUAUAAGGGAACACCACUCCAUCGUAUUAUAUCUGGUUUUGUGAUUCAAGGUGGUGACAUCUUAUACGGCGAUGGAAAAGGAUACGAGUCAAUCUAUGGUGGCACAUUUCCUGAUGAGAACUUUAAAAUAAAACAUUCACACGCAGGUGUUGUCUCCAUGGUAAACUCAGGACCUGAUUCAAAUGGCUCACAAUUUUUCAUUACCACCAUUAAGUCCAGCUGGUUAGAUGGGGAGCAUGUUGUGUUUGGCAAGGUUAUCCAAGGGAUGGAUAAUGUAUAUGCAAUUGAAGGCGGAGCUGGAACCUAUAGUGGGAAACCUAGAAAGAAGGUAACCAUUGCUGACAGUGGGGAGAUACCCAAGAGCAAGUGGGAUGAGGAAACAUGAAGAUCAGAUCGUUGCUAUUAACAACAGCAAAUUUUCGUAUAUUAAAAUUCUUUUUCUUUCCUUCUUUGGGUUUCAAGUUUCUUUUUGAUAGUCUACUUUGUAUAAACAAUAUUAUAGAAGUCGUCAAUAUGAACCCCCAAGAUUCAAGAGGUUUAGACUCUCAGUUGUAUGUAGCAUUCAUCAACCCACAUGAUCUAUCAAGCUUAAGGUUUUGUAGUCUA